AUGACCUCACCCAUAAGUGCGAGUUCGUCUUCAACUAGCCUGUCUUUGCCGUCUCUCUCCCACCGGAACCGCGUACUCCCCGCCUUACCAUCUCCUUCGCCGUCCGCGUCUAGCUCCAGCUCCGGCUCUGCCUCUCGUGUUUCAUUCGCCACCGCCGAUGACGAGAACGUCACUAUCACCACGAAUCGUCUAUCCCGUCUCUCGCUGAAGGGUAAGCAGAAGAGUCAAGAGGACCUCCGCUUACUGGCUGUAUCGACACAUGUCACGGAAUUGACGUACAGCAUCUCGGAUAUUGAGGCGAGGAUAUUUGAAAUACAGGAGCUGCGACACAAAUCACAGUCUGGCGACGCGUCUUCGACCUCGCGCGUCAUCGACCAGUCUCUCGCCCAACUUGACGAGAGGCUACAGUUCGUUCAGGAUGGUGUCGCCGCUGUUGCGGAAGCGAUAGGCCCAGCAGUGGAGUCGCAUAAUAAUUCAGAUUCAGACGGCGCAUCGGGGGAGGAAGAAAUGCUACUUCGAAAGCAUGCCACGAUGCUUUCAGAGUGGGAAGCGGUGCAGAAGGAGAGCCAGAUACUACGCGAGGAGUUGAGGGAAGACAAGUGGCUGACUGUAUUCAGGACGGUAACGGAGCAGGCAGAUGGCAUGAUGACGAGCUUGGAGAAGGCAGUCAACCGAUGUCAGGAUUUCAUUGCCGGGGUGCGCAGAUAUGGGCAGGAAGAUGGUCUAUCCCGAUCGUCUUCCUCGGUGGCUUCACUCAGCUCAGACUCGUCUCCAAGUUUCGAACAGUUCAACACGCUGCUGGAAUCGUAUGAGGCGAAGAAGAAGCAUUACAUGCCGGCAACCACAAAAGUUCUUUCUAUCAUCGACAAGGGGGUGCAGGAGCGCGUAACGAAGAACGGCGAAUGUCUUCGACGUCACGCAGAGUGCACACAGAGGUGGCGGCACCUCAAGGAGAGAAUUACUCGGACUGACAAGAACAUGGAGUCUGUUCGCAUGAUCUUCUUAUCAGAAGGCAUUUCGCCAAGCGAGGAGGCAACUUCCAACACCUCCGGGACGACUAGUCAGACGAACGGUGGUCACCUCACCGCUACACCGCCUAACGGUUCACGGUCGGGGAAGUCGAGAGGAAGUUCCACCAUCUCGCGUGCCACUUCUCCGUUUCGGAAGCUGGCGCGGAAAAUUGCUAAAGGUGCAAAGUCUCCUGUUCCGUCAGUCCCUGCAACUCCUGCUGUACCCAGGCUAGACCCCAUUAUGCUGCAAGCACCCUCCUCUGAACCCACACGGGCUCUACGACACAGGUCAUCGCUAUUUAAUCUCAUGAGUAGGGAGUCCUCUUUAACUCCAGACCGGCCAAGCCACAAGCACAGUCAAAGCCUCACUCCCGAUUCUUCUCCAUUAAACAAUAUCAAUCAGACUCUCAAGGUCAACCGCCCAAAGUGGAAUAGUUCGACGAGGGUUGAGGAUGACGGUACGCGGAACAACACCGUCAAGUCGACUUCAAGACGAAUAUCCACCAUAGGCAAUAUUCUAUCUCUUGAAGAUCAAUCUCUGCUCGCUUCAGUCACGAGCACGCCGUACAAACGAAGUGUUUCCCGUAGUUCCAUGGCAUCUUCACGACCUUGGUCCCCGGUCACAUCUUCCAAUUCGACAGCUCAGUCCUCAGCAAAUCAGCCACUAGCCUCCCUGUACCGACCACCUUCGCGUGCACAGACACCUGGUCUUCCCACCGUACCUCUGCGGCCCCGACCAAGAACACCGAGUCAUAUACCGCGGCCGUCACUCACAGGCGGCAGUUAUUUCCGUUCCAUCUCGGGCACUGUUUCGCCCUCUCACAGCAGUAGCUUUAGUUUGGAUGACGAAGGCAGCGGCUCGCUUCUUCACCGUGCCCUUUCUCCCACAGGUCGCCAGACCCCGAGUGGACAUCCGCCGAGACCCCCAAGCCGCUCAAUGAUCCCUGUGCCCGUGCUUAAUGUCCACAUUCAGGGUGCAUCCCGGCCAUCUAGUGCGAUGUCCAAUUACCGGCCGGAGAGCUCCAUGUCGUUCCGUGGGUCGGCCAUGCGUGUGCAGACCCCAGAAGCCUUACGCAACACUCCACGACCGUCCGCGGCGACACCACGCCUGCCGCCAUCGAGUUUCAGGGAUUCGUCCGCCCCGCGAACUCCUAGUCGACCGCCGUCGCGCUCGGGCGCCUCGACCCCAAGCCUCGACGGCAAGCCCGUGCACGUCUACACUCCCGCGAGCCCCCGGGACCCGCUGGACGCAGAGGUCGCGGCGGUCGUGAACCACAUGACGCACGGGCUGCUCAUCGAGCGCAUUGAUCCGCCGCUGCGCGGCGCGCCGAGAGAGGGCGAGGAGAUCCGCGCGCAGUACGCUUUCAGCAACGCGCUCGGGCGCAAGAUCGUCAACUGCAAGCUCACGACGAUGACCCGGUCCGGGCGCGACCAGGCGACGACGACGCGCAAGGUAAUGUGUCGCGUCGGCGGCGGCUGGCAGGAUCUCCCGGUGUACAUCAUGAACAGGCAGGCGGGCAUCUAG